AUGGAUAACUUGGAGGUUCUCAAAGGGUUUGUGACGUUAUGUUUGCUGGCUGAGCCGAAGCACUUGAAGAAGCUGAGAAAGCUAAGCAUUACAAUAAACAAAGGUGGUGAAAUCACUGUUUCUCAAUUGUUAGUGGAUAUUCAAGAUUUCUCCAAGCUGGAGAAGUUGAAAGUGGCAUGGGGAAGUAUUAAUGAACACAACAAAGCUGACUCUACUGCUCGACCAGUAAAAGAAUUCCGCAUGUCGAUGACGUGGCCUCCUAAUAGCUCAGUUUUACAGCCAAAACCUCACAAGGUUCGAAAGAAAGUUGCAGUUCCAAGCCACCUUCCAGAGAAUAAUCUACGUACAUUGGAGAAACUCUACAUAGGAGGAACCAAACUUACUGGAUUUGGAAAGUCAGUGCUUGAGGAGCCAACGGAGUGCAGUGUCAAGGUUUUGCGUCUGAAGUUCCUUCCCAGGCUAAAAGUGGAUUGGAGGGAGCUGAGGGAACUUCACUUUCCAAAAUUGGGGUUCUUGGAUAAGUAUCAAUGCCCUCGAGCUAGUUUCUGCCCCUGUGAUGGUGUCGGAAUCUGGCGUGACAAGCCUAAGCCACUCUGA